GCUAGCGCGAGCGUGCUCCGUGUGAACAAACGGAGUCUCUUUCAUUGUACAUAACCGGACAGUUCUCAUAUACCGGGGGAAAAGUUCGGUCAAUCUUUACCGGAUCUUAGCACGGGAUCACACCAACUAACGGACGCUACAUCUGAAUCGAAGAAGGACUUUGAUUUAAAGUAAAAAAAAACAAACAAAACAAAAAUGUCGGAGAGCGAAAACUGCGUGGAGCCGCGGGAAGAAGAGCCAACGGAACCUGAAGAAGCCGGUGGAGCGGAGGAGAAGUCCGACUGCUCAGAUGCUGGAAAGGAGUCGUCUUCAGAUGCAGGGCCAGAUGGCCAAGAUGCAUCCUCCUCCUCCUCAACCAAAACUAAAGAUUCUGCUCCAGGUUAUGAGGAGAAAGUGCAAACAGACCGGACCAACAGAUUUGAGUACCUGUUGAAGCAAACAGAGCUAUUUGCUCAUUUCAUCCAACCAGCUGCACAGAAGACCCCCACCUCCCCCCUAAAGAUGAAACCAGGACGUCCUCGCAUUAAGAAAGAUGAGAAGCAGAACUUGCUGUCUGCCGGAGACAAUCGCCAUCGCCGCACAGAGCAAGAGGAGGAUGAAGAGCUUCUGAACGAGAGCACCAAGACUACUAACGUCUGCACUCGCUUCGAUGAUUCUCCUUCUUAUGUCAAAACAGGAAAAAUGAGGGACUAUCAGGUCCGUGGUCUGAACUGGCUCAUCUCUUUGUAUGAAAAUGGAAUCAACGGUAUCCUCGCUGACGAAAUGGGUUUGGGAAAGACACUGCAGACUAUUGCCUUGCUGGGUUAUAUGAAGCACUACAGAAACAUCCCUGGUCCCCACAUGGUGCUGGUGCCGAAGUCCACCCUCUACAACUGGAUGAAUGAGUUCAAGCGAUGGGUGCCGUCACUGCGUGCAGUCUGCCUGAUCGGAGGCAGAGACGAGAGGACUGCCCUGAUCAGAGAUGUCCUCCUGCCGGGAGAGUGGGAUGUGUGCGUCACAUCCUACGAGAUGCUGAUCAUUGAAAAGGCCGUGUUCAAGAAGUUCAACUGGAGAUACCUGGUCAUUGAUGAAGCCCACAGGAUCAAAAAUGAGAAAUCAAAGCUGUCAGAAAUUGUGCGAGAAUUCAAGACCACCAAUCGUCUGCUGCUGACUGGCACACCCCUUCAAAACAACCUCCACGAGCUAUGGGCCCUGCUGAACUUCCUGCUGCCUGACGUCUUCAACUCAGCAGAGGACUUUGAUUCCUGGUUCGACACCAACAACUGCUUGGGUGAUCAGAAGUUGGUGGAGCGUCUCCACACUGUUCUGCGCCCUUUCCUGCUUCGUCGUAUUAAAGCUGAUGUAGAGAAGACUCUGCUCCCGAAAAAAGAGAUCAAGAUGUAUGUGGGUCUCAGUAAAAUGCAACGAGAAUGGUACACAAAGAUUCUGAUGAAGGACAUUGAUAUUCUGAACUCGGCGGGUAAGAUGGACAAGAUGCGGCUGCUCAACGUUCUCAUGCAGCUGCGGAAAUGCUGUAACCAUUCAUACCUAUUUGAUGGAGCUGAACCAGGUCCCCCUUACACCACGGAUCUCCACCUGGUGGUGAACAGUGGCAAGAUGGCGGUGCUGGACAAGCUGCUCCCCAAGAUGAAGCAACAGGGCUCCCGUAUUCUCAUCUUCAGUCAGAUGACCAGGAUGCUGGACAUCUUGGAGGACUACUGCAUGUGGAGAAACUACGGCUAUUGUCGCCUGGAUGGUCAGACCCCACACGAGGAGCGACAGAUCUCUAUCAAUGCAUACAAUGAGCCAAACAGCAGCAAGUUCAUCUUCAUGUUGAGCACCAGGGCUGGUGGGCUGGGUAUCAAUCUAGCUACAGCUGAUGUAGUCAUCCUCUACGACUCAGACUGGAACCCUCAAGUUGACCUUCAGGCCAUGGACCGAGCUCACAGGAUUGGUCAGCAGAAGCAGGUGCGUGUAUUCCGCUUCAUCACUGAAAACACAGUGGAAGAGAGGAUUGUGGAGAGAGCCGAGAUGAAAUUGCGCCUGGACUCUAUUGUCAUCCAACAAGGAAGACUUGUGGAUCCAAGUGCAAACAAGCUGGGCAAAGAUGAGAUGCUUUCCAUCAUCCGUCACGGUGCCACACAUGUGUUUGCCUCCAAAGAGAGUGAAAUCACAGAUGAUGACAUUGAUGUUAUCCUAGAGAAAGGUGAAAGGAAGACUAUGGAGAUGAAGGAGAAGCUGUCUUCCCUGGGUGAGAGCUCUUUGAGAAACUUCACCAUGGACACAGAGAACAGCAGCGUGUACACAUUUGAAGGAGAAGACUACAGAGAAAAGAAAAAGGUUAUUACCAACUGGAUUGAGCCACCUAAGAGAGAAAGGAAAGCUAAUUAUGCUGUGGAUGCAUACUUCAGAGAGGCUCUGCGCGUCAGUGAGCCCAAAGCACCCAAGGCUCCUCGUCCUCCCAAGCAGCCAAAUGUCCAGGACUUCCAGUUCUUCCCUCCACGUCUUUUUGAGCUUCUAGAAAAGGAAAUCCUGUUCUACAGAAAGACCAUAGGCUAUAAGGUUCCCCGUAACCCAGACAUGCCCAACUCAGCCCAGGUCCAGAAAGAGGAGCAGGCUAAGAUUGAUGAGGCUGAGGCCCUGACAGAGGAGGAGCUGGAGGAGAAGGAGAACCUUCUGCAACAGGGAUUUACAAUUUGGAACAAACGUGACUUCAACCAGUUCAUCAAAGCCAACGAGAAGUGGGGAAGAGACGACAUUGAGAACAUUGCCAGAGAGGUUGAGGGAAAAACUCCAGAGGAAGUCAUGGAAUAUUCUGCUGUAUUCUGGGAGCGCUGCAAUGAGCUGCAGGACAUUGAGAAGAUCAUGGCCCAGAUAGAGAGAGGAGAGGCCAGGAUUCAGAGAAGGAUUAGUAUUAAGAAAGCACUGGACUCAAAGAUUGGUCGCUAUAAGGCCCCAUUCCAUCAGCUCCGAAUCUCCUAUGGCACUAACAAAGGCAAGAACUACACAGAGGAGGAAGACCGAUUCCUCAUCUGCAUGCUCCACAAGCUGGGUUUUGACAAGGAGAGCGUGUACGACGAGCUCCGUCAGUGCAUCCGUAACUCACCUCAGUUUCGCUUUGACUGGUUCCUCAAAUCCAGGACUGCCAUGGAGCUCCAAAGGCGAUGUAACACACUGAUUACACUGAUAGAGAGAGAGAACAUGGAGCUGGAGGAGAGGGAGAAGGCCGAGAAAAAGAAGAGGGGUCCAAAGGGUGGCUCAGCCCAGAAACGGAAGUCUGAGGGAACUCCAGACGGUCGUGGACGCAGGAAAAAACUGAAGUUGUGAAGCUGUUGACAACUUAGAGCAUACACUCAGAAUUUGCGAGCGGCAGCCAGCUCCAGUAAUGUUAGUCUUGGUGUCUGUGUUUGUUUUGCAGGCUGUGAUGAUGUACUGUGUCAAACUCUGAUGGACUGAUCUGGUUGUAGUAGGUUUUAGGAAGUGCUCCUUCACAAGCCUGCCUAGUCGUUACUUACCUGAAUACUGCAGCUGUGCUGGUCUAGAUUUUGGUCCUAUUUUUUUACCAGUACUUAAUUGAAAUGUAUUUAUGCCUGUUGGUUGUACCACAUUCCAUUGCUUGAAACAAUAUGCACCCUUUUUAUUUUGAUGACAUUUGUUCUUUUAUUUCCCUAUGUGUAGUAGAAAAUGUCUUUUUGAACAUCAAAUAAACUUCUUCCCCUUUUUAAAAAAAAA